UCUGUGUAUUUUAGUGUUGAUGAUGGAUGUGAUGUGCUGUAAAUCAGUAGGAACUGAUCUGUCCAUGCUGGAUAUUGAUGAUUUCAUCACAGAAAUCUCUCAGCUGAAGAAAGAGGUGGCGUUACUGGAGACAAAGCUGAGGUUAAGAGGAGAUGAAGGACUGAAGAGAGAGGACUCCGAGCUCAGUCUGACUUUACUCUGUUAUACUGAGUCAAAGCCCACAGACGCUCAGGACACUACAGUGUGUGACAGUAAUCAGGGCUUACAGGAUGAGGAAUCUACUGAUCAAACCUCCACAGAGUCUCUGGAUUCUGUCUGUAACGCUGGAGAACAGCAGCAGAUCCUGCAGACCAAACUCAAGAUGUGUUCAGUCAAACUCAUCGACUGCUCGAACCUCAUGAUGGAGAUCAAAACUGAACCCACAGAAUCAAAAACUGAACCCACAGAAAUAAAAACUGAACCUACAGCAGAUGAAUAUGAGGACAAACACCGUGAUGGUCAUGAUUUUAUUGUGUCAGAUGUAAGGAGUGAAUCAUGUUUGGAUGGAGAAAUAAUGUCCUCAACAUCAGAAGAGCGACUGACUGCACGAACACUUUCCUGCAUCACCGUUGGAGAGACAUUAAGCUCACAGAGACAUUUAGAGAAGCAUAAGAGAAAACACACAGAUCAGAAACAUCAUCUGAAGAAAUACACCAAUGAGAGACCCUAUCAGGGCAGUGAAUGUGGAAAAACCUUCAGGAACUCAGGUCAUUUAAAAUCACACCAGAAUAUUCACUCUGAAGAGAAACCCUUUCAAUUUCCAAAACAUUUCAGUCAUAAAUCUCAUCUGAUAGUCCAUGAGAGACUUCACACUGGAGAGAAACCUCAUCACUGUAGUGUUUGUGGGAAGAGAUUUAAUCAAUGUAAAUAUUUAGUGAUUCACCAAAGAAUUCAUACAGGACAAAAACCGUAUAAAUGCUCUCAGUGUGAGAAGACGUUUGCUCAUUUAACUUCCUUAAAAGCCCAUCAGAGAAUUCACACUGGAGAAAAACCUUACAAAUGCUCUCAUUGUGAGAAGACGUUUACUCAGUCAGGUCACUUAAAAGCCCAUGAGAGACUUCACACUGGCGAGAAACCUUACCAAUGCUCUCAGUGUGGAAUGAGCUUCACUUAUUUAAAUUCUUUUAGAGUUCAUCAGAGACUUCAUACUGGUGAAAAACCUUACAAAUGCUCUCAUUGUGAGAAGACGUUUACUCAGUCAGGUAACUUAAAACUCCAUGAGAGACUUCACACUGGCGAGAAACCUUACCAAUGCUCUCAGUGUGGAAAGAGCUUCUCUGAUCCAUCUCAAUUCACUGUUCAUCAGAGAGUUCACACUGGAGAGAAACCUUACGCCUGCUCUCAAUGUGGAAAGAGCUUCUCUAAUCAAUUAUCUAUUAAAGUUCAUCAGAGAGUUCAUACAGGAGAGAAACCUCAUCACUGCAAUGUCUGUGGGAAGAGUUUUAGGCAACAGGCUACCUUUAUAAAGCACCAGAGAACUCAUACAGGAGAAAAACCUUACAAAUGCUCUCAGUGCGAAAAGGCGUUUGCUCAGUCAGCUUCUUUAAAAGUCCAUGAGAGAGUUCACACUGGAGAGAAACCUUAUCACUGUAAUGUUUGUGAAAAGAGUUUUAAUCGACAUCACAGUUUAGUGAGACACCAGAGAACUCAUACAGGUGGAAAACCUUACAAAUGCUCUCAUUGUGAGAAGACGUUUGCUGAGUCACGUUCCUUAAAAGUUCAUGAAAGAGUUCAUACUGGAGAGAAACCUUACGUCUGCUCGAUCUGUGGAGAGAGAUUUGCUUCUUCAAGAAGUCUUCAGAAUCAUAAGAAGAAACACACCAGUGAGCGACCGUAUCAGUGCCGUGAAUGUGGAAAAACCUUUAAGGAUUCAUUCUCUCUAACUUCACACCAAACACUACACACUGAAGAGAAACCCUUUCAAUGUUCACACUGUGAUAAACGUUUCAGUCAUAAAUCUCAUCUGAUAGUCCAUGAGAGAAUUCACACUGGAGAGAAACCUUACCUCUGUCAUGUUUGUGGGAGGACUUUUAAUCUACCUCAAUAUUUAGUGUCACACCAGAAAGUUCAUACAGGUGUAAAACCUUACAAAUGCUCUCACUGUGGGAAGACCUUUGCUUAUUCAGCUUCCUUAAAAGUCCAUGAGAGAAUUCAUACGGGAGAGAAACCUUACGUCUGCUGUCACUGUGGAAAGAGUUUCUCAGAUCACAAUGCCUUUAGAGUCCAUCAGAGAGUUCACACUGAAGAGAAACCUCAUCACUGUGAUGUUUGUGGGAAGAGUUUUAAUCAUCGUGUCAAUUUAGUGAAUCACCAGAGAAUUCAUACAGGUGAAAAACCUUACAAAUGCUCUCAGUGUGAGAAGAUGUUUACUCAGUUAAAACACUUAAAAGUCCAUGAGAGACUUCAUACAGGAGAGAAACCUUACGUCUGCUCUCAUUGUGGAAAAAGCUUUUCUGAUCCAUCUUAUUUUAGAGUUCAUCAGAGAAUUCACACUGGAGAGAAACCUCAUGACUGUAAUGUUUGUGGGAAGAGUUUUACUCAACGUGAUUAUUUGGUGUCACACCAGAGAACUCAUACAGGUGAAAAACCUUACAAAUGCUCUCAGUGUGAUAAAACGUUUGCUCAGUCAGUUCACUUAAAAGCUCAUCAGAGAGUUCAUACUGGUGAAAGACCUUACAAAUGCUCUCAGUGUGAGAAGACGUUUGCUCAGUCAGGCCACUUAAAAGUCCAUCAGAGAAUUCAUACGGGAGAAAAACCUUACGUCUGCUCGAUCUGUGGAGAGAGAUUUGCUGCUUUUAAAAGUCUUCAGAAUCAUCAGAAGAAACAUACUGACACAAACUACAUCACAGUGUCUUAAAGUUUUUACCGCGGUGUUGAAUAUUCCCUCUUUUGCCAGACAAAUAAACAAGUUGACCAAUAAGAUUAGAUUACUUUAUUGGUCCCGAAGAAAAUUUGUCUUGGACAGAAGGCUGCCACAUAACACAUACAAUUAUAGUAUAAUAACAAGAAAAACCACAAUACACACAAGAGAGCCUUACCACAAGAUCUGAGUAUUAUGUCACGUUCCCGUCACGUUCAAGCCACUGCUGUAAAUAAAAAAAUGUGAGACGGUGGCGCUAUAGCACACAAACUGUAUUGACAGAGUUUGUAAUCACACCAGUGAAACAAAUCAAAUUGAUUUAAUUUAUAUAGCGCUUUUCCAAAGUAGCUGUUCAUUAAUUAUUAUUAUUAUGAGGAUUUUUAUUAUUAUUAAAAAAAAUAAAAAGAACUGCAAGUGCACAAAGAAGCAUUCAGCUAUCGUUGAGAAAUCAUCAAUAUGGCAUUAUGAGGAUGGGCAUCACAUCAAACCGGUCUAUCUCAGAUGUCCUCAGAGAGCUAAAGACCAACAUCAAAUGACUAAACCCACAGAGAACUAUUUUCAACAUGUGAGAGUCAACAUCUGAAAACUUUCUCAAAAGAGUUCACAUCUACCUAGCCCAAAACACCUUGCACUGACAUCUUAAAAUAUAUUUGUUAUUGGACAAAAUAAUGUCAACACUUUAGUCAAAAUAAUUUGUCUAACCCUGAUAAACUACUUAAAUAAGUUUGCAAAUGACCUCUUAUUUAACCCUUUUGCAAAAUAAGUUUGCAAAAGACCUCUUAUGUAACCCUUUCUCGUCUCUAAGCUUUGUAUUAGUGCAGUUUAAGUUGUAUUCAGCAGGCACAUGGCUUCUCCUACCACUGCUAUGCUGAUGACACCCAAAUCAUUUCACCCAGACGCACCAAAGCAGCACGCAUUACAGCCUGCUUAGCCGAUAUAUCGGCUUGAAUGAAAAAACACCACCUCCAGUUGAACCUUGCGAAGACUGAGCUGCUUGAAUUUCCUGCAAAACCCAAGAUAAAGCAUGCACUGUCCAUUCAACUGGGCAACACAACCAUAACUCCUUCCAAAACUGCCAGAAACCUUAGUGUAAUCUUUGAUGACCGACUGUCCUUCACUGAGUACAUUGCAAAGACUGUGUGAUCAUGUUGAUUUGCAUUAUACAAUAUCAGGAAGAUAUGGCCCUUCCUUACAAAGCAUGUUGCACAACUCCGGAUCCAGGCCCUGGUAAUCUCUAGGUUGGACUACUGCAAUGCUCUCCUUGCACAGAGCAUCAAACCACUCCAACUGGUUCAGAAUGCAGCAGCCCGAUUAAUCUUCCAAGAGCACAAAAGGGCUCAUGUAACGUCGCUCUUCAUCUCUCUACACUAGCGCAUGUCAGGUAUAAGUCACUACUGCUCACUUAAAGAACUUUCACUGGGACUGCACCGGCAUACUUUCACACUUUCCUGCAUUCCUACACCCCAUCCAGGACCUUACGUUCAGCAAAGGAGCGGCGCCUUAACUUACCUUCACAUAUGGGCACUAAAUCACGUUUCCCCUCAUUUUCCUUCACUACUCCCAGCAGGUGGAAUGAUCUUCCUUUAGGAGUCCGAUCAGCCACAUCUCUUGUUACAUUCAAAAAACAAAAACUCAUCUUUUAAAAAAAUACUUGAGAAAUUGGAACUGACUGCCGACACGCCUCUUUUAUCUUAUAAAAAACUUUAUCUCUCAACGAGUAUUGUUUCGGAAUUGUGAAAACUUGUAACUUGGUAUAAGCACCUCUUGUAUAAUUGUCUCCUUAUGACAAAUCGCUUGAUUGCUUUCUUAUCUUUGUAAGUCGCUUUGUAUAAAAGCAUCUGCUAAAUGCUUAAAUGUAAAAUGAGUCUGUACGUGUGGUGUCAGUGAAAUGUAUCUGUUUAAGGAAUUCUGUUUCAAGAGCAUCUACAUAAAAGCAAAAUUGUAAAGUGCAACAGUC